GUAGUGGGCCACCAUACCGUUCAUAACUUAAGUUGUGGGUCUAUUAGACAUUGCAGUAGAAUAUACAUUCAAAGAUAAUUAUUGUCGAUGACCCUCAUCUCAUACGUUUUCAUGUGAACAAGAAGAGUAGGCUAGUUGCCAUAUUACCACCUGAUCCUUCCCCCUCCCCAUACUGGGAUUUGAGUAUGUCCUCUGCGCAAACCUAUAAUUUCCAGCAUCACUCAACUGGCGGUAGGAAAUGCGUAAGAGCUGCAGGUUGAAUGGAGGGUCGCUGCACUGACCAGGGGGGUAAAGAACCAGCUCAUUGCGCUUACUCGUGCACCAUCUCCUCUCAGAUCAGCACUGACUGACUAACUGACACUCACACCUCCCGGCUACUGGGACGCACACCUUUACGCAGCGUUCGGACAGAAUUCUACCUAAAUAAAUCCCAUCCGUCCUACGGUCUUCACGAGACCCUGCCCUGCCUUCGGUUCACCCGAGGAGGCCAUUGGCGAAGAGGUGUCACGUGACCAAGGGGUGCCAAUGUUAUUCAACAAGGGUGUCAAGACCCUGUCAGUUUCUGAAAUAAAUAUUGGGAAACGGCGAGAUGCAGAAGGCAACCUACUACGACAGCUCCGCAAUUUACAGUGGCUACCCGUAUCAAAGCGCAAAUGGCUUCAGUUAUGAUGCCAAUCAGGUCCAAUAUCCCCGGGCCUCUCAUGUGGAAAGUGAGUACCAUCGACCAGCCUGCUCCUUGCAGUCCCCAGACGGCUUGGUCGCCCUGCAGAAGCCGGGGGAGAUGGCGGAGAACUGCGAUAGGGGUACGGCCAUCCAGGCAGCGCAGCCACCCGUCCUCACUGAAAGCAAUCAACCGCAGAUGUCAGUGUCUGUCCCACCACCCCCUCCCCAGUCACAGUCCCCCGGUUCUCUCAACCAGAACACGAGCAACGGCUCCUGUCAACCCAACUCAAAGACCUCGGUGCACAGCUCGCCGACCACCACCCGGAAGCACAUCUUCCCCUGGAUGAAAGAGUCCCGUCAGAACCAGAAGCCUAAAACCAGUAGCUCCAGCUCAGUUGAGAGUUGCCCUGGAGACAGGAGCCCCCCGGGCGGGUCAGCCGCGUCGAAGAGAGCCCGGACGGCUUAUACCAGCGCACAACUGGUGGAACUGGAAAAGGAGUUCCACUUCAACCGCUACCUCUGCAGACCCCGCAGGGUCGAGAUGGCCAACCUGCUCAACCUCACGGAGAGGCAGAUUAAGAUCUGGUUCCAGAACCGCAGGAUGAAGUACAAAAAGGAUCAGAAAGGGUGUGGCAUGAUGCCCUCUCCCGGGGGACAGUCCCCUCGGAGCCCCCUCGGCCCAUCACCCGGAGGCGGGGGUGGAGGAUACCUCAACUCUAUGCAUUCUCUGGUUAACAGUGUACCCUAUGAGUCCCAGUCGCCAACGUCUUACAAUAAGCCCGCUCAUAAUGCAUACGGUAUGCCUACGUCAUAUCCCCCUCCCUUGAACAGCUCCCUAAACAACUGCCCGCCCUCUCAGAAGAGGUAUCCCGGGACUGGCGGCUCGGCCACGCCCGAGUAUGACGCGCAUCCUCUCCAAGGAAAUGGCGGCUAUGGGACGCACUUGCAGCAGGUCAGCCCUGUGUAUGUAGGCGGAGGUUACAUCGAUUCGAUGCCCAACAACAGGGCCUCCGUUUUCGGCCUGACCCAUCUCUCGCACCCGCCGUCCACAAACAUGGACUACAAUGGAGCAAUCACUAUGGGCAAUAGUCACCAUCAAAGAGUGUGCGAUCCAAACCCGACAUACACAGACCUUAAUACGCCGCACUACUCUCAGGGAAGAAUUCAGGAAGCGCCCAAACUGACACAUCUGUAGCCGGGUUGCACCCUGGAUCACUCCGCCCCAUUGUCUUACCUGACGAACCACCAUCGCUUUGUUUAUUCUCUUCUUUAGUAGCUUUUUCCACCUUCUCUUUGUUCUAGGUUAUGUUUGUUCUUUUUUAAAUAUAGUUUAAUGUGUGAAGUAGCAUAGGAAAGUAUUCACGCUUGCUUCAAAUGUUCACUCUAUUUGCUAUAGUGUUAUUGUUCCGCACAGACCUAUUAUCUGAGACAACACGCGCGGGGGCACAUACGCAUAGACCUAUUUAAUCUUUAACUUGUUUCCAAAAACAAAUCAAACAGGGUAUAUGAACAAAUCUUAUGGUAUUAUUUUAAUGUGAAUGUGUUAGUUUUUUGGUAUUUAUCCGCAGUUGAAGAUUUGUUUUGUGUUAUUGUUUUGCAUUUUGUUGCACUUGUGGAAGGAUCCUUAAAAAAGGGAGGCCUGGAAGCUCCAGCCUACGAUCUUACCAGCUUGUGUUCUGUUGGACUUUCAAAAUGUUAUUUAUUUAUAUGACGUUUAUAUGGAGUUAUUUAGUAUUAUUUGACCCCCCUGUGCUCUUUGUAUGUGGAGAGAAGGCUAUUGGAACCAGGCCUAGGCUCUAGUUCUACCCCUUACCUGACAGCAGACAGACGACAGAGAGACAGACAGACACAACACUGAUAUGUUGGUGUUAUUUGUUUCUUCUUCGAGGAG